AUGGAGCAGUCUAAUAAACAGCAUCGUAAAGCGAAAGAGAAGAACACAGCCAAGAAGAAGCUGCAUACACAGGGCCAUAAUGCAAAGGCAUUUGCCGUUGCAGCUCCAGGUAAGAUGGCAAGAACUAUGCUAAGAUCAAGCGAUGUUAAUGAAAGGAAACUGCAUGUUCCCAUGAUUGAUCGUACCCCAGAUGACGAUCCGCCUCCUUUUAUUGUUGCUGUCGUAGGUCCACCAGGAACAGGUAAGACCACUUUAAUCAAGUCCUUAGUGAGGAGAAUGACAAAAAGUACUUUAAAUGAUAUUCAGGGCCCCAUUACUGUCGUUUCGGGUAAACAUAGAAGGCUAACAUUCUUGGAAUGUCCUGCAGAUGACUUGAAUGCGAUGAUCGAUAUUGCCAAAAUCGCAGAUUUGGUUCUGUUGUUAAUCGAUGGUAAUUUCGGUUUUGAAAUGGAGACAAUGGAAUUUCUAAAUAUUGCUCAACACCAUGGUAUGCCAAGGGUUCUCGGUGUAGCUACUCAUCUUGAUCUGUUCAAAUCCCAAUCUACUUUAAGAGCUUCUAAAAAAAGAUUAAAACAUAGAUUUUGGACAGAAGUUUACCAAGGUGCAAAGUUGUUUUAUUUAUCCGGUGUCAUGAACGGAAGAUAUCCUGAUAGAGAAAUUUUAAACCUUUCCAGAUUUAUCUCUGUUAUGAAGUUUAGACCAUUGAAAUGGAGAAAUGAACAUCCUUAUAUGUUAGCUGAUAGGUUCACAGACUUAACACAUCCAGAGUUAUUAGAGACCCAAGGACAGCAAAUUGAUCGUAAGGUCGCCCUUUAUGGUUAUUUGCAUGGUACUCCUUUGCCAUCUGCGCCAGGUACCAGAGUACAUAUUGCUGGUGUUGGUGAUUUUUCAGUCGCACAGGUAGAAAAGUUACCAGAUCCAUGUCCAACACCUUUUUAUCAGCAAAAAUUAGACGAUUUUGAACGUGAAAAGAUGAAAGAAGAAGCAAAGGCUAACGGAGAAGUCACCACGGGUUCCACAACAAGAAGACGUAAAAGAUUGGAUGAUAAAGACAAGUUGAUAUAUGCACCAAUGUCUGAUGUCGGAGGUGUGUUAAUGGAUAAGGACGCUGUGUAUAUUGAUAUUGGGAAAAAGAAUGAAGAACCAAGUUUUGUCCCAGGUCAAGAAAGAGGUGAGGGUGAAAAAUUAAUGACAGGUCUACAAGGUGUCGAGCAAAGCAUUGCAGAAAAAUUCGAUGGUGUCGGUUUACAACUGUUCAGCAAUGGUACUGAACUUCAUGAAGUCAAUGAAGAUGAAGACCUAGACGUUGAGGAUGAAGAAAUCAGUGAAGAGGAUGAAAGAAAAAGCAAGGGAAGAACUACUUUGAGACAACCAAAGAUUUAUGGUAAGUCAGUUCAGGACGAAGAUGCAGACAUCGAUAAUUUACCAAGUGAUGAAGAAAACUACGCAAAUGAUGAUGACGUAGAAGGUUCUGCACCAAGAAUGGUCGAAAUUGAUUUUAAUGACGCUGAUAAACAAGACUCGGAAAAACUAGCCUUGGAAACCGACUCAGAAUUUGAAGAGAGUGAAGAUGAAUCCUCUUGGGAAAGAAAUGCAGCAAACAAGCUGAAAAGGACAGAAAGUAAAAAUAGAACUUGGAAUAUCGGCAAGUUGAUAUACAUGGAUAACAUUUCACCUGAAGAAUGUAUAAGAAGAUGGAGAGGCGAGGAAGAUAAUGGCGAAUACGAAAGUGACAUUGAAGAGAAUGUUGACGAUGAAUUUUUCAAAAAAACAGAUGGAACUGUUACGAAAGAAAUUAUUAAAGAAGACUCGAUUGAUUUGGAAAAGUUCGCUCCCUACUUUGAUACUUUCGAAAGGCUUGCUAAGAAAUGGGACAAUGUUGAUUCCAUAAAAGCUCGAUUCCUCGGUGCUGGGAUAAUGGGCAACGAGAAGGCAAAGAAAACUUCUGAUGGAAACGACGAAGAAGCAUAUGGUGACUUUGAAGAUUUAGAAGACGAAAACGGUUCUGAAAGUGCAGAAGAAAAUGGUAGCGAAGAAAAUGAAGAGGAAGACGGAGAUGACAAUUCAUUUACCAACUUCGAUGCUGAAGAAAAAAAGGAUUUGACUAUGGAACAAGAAAGAGAACUAAACGCCACGAAGAAAGAAAAAUUACGUGCACAGUUUGAAAUGGAGGAAGGUGAAAAUUUCAAAGAAGAUGACGAAAAUAAUGAAUACGACACAUGGUACGAAUUACAAAAGGCCAAGAUCUCCAAACAGUUAGAGAUUAAUAAUAUGGAAUACCAAGAAAUGACCCCGGAACAACGUCAAAAAAUUGAGGGUUUCAAAGCUGGCUCUUAUGUGCGUAUAGUCUUCGAAAAAGUCCCAAUGGAGUUUAUUACAAAUUUCAAUCCAAAGUUUCCCGUUGUUAUGGGUGGUUUGCUACCAACUGAACUAAAAUUCGGUAUUAUCAAAGCUAGAUUGAGAAGACACCGUUGGCAUAAAAAGAUUUUGAAGACCAACGAUCCAUUGGUCUUGUCUUUGGGUUGGAGAAGAUUCCAAACCUUACCAGUUUACACGACGAGUGAUUCUAGAACAAGAACGAGAAUGUUGAAAUAUACGCCAGAACAUACGUAUUGUAAUGCUGCUUUCUACGGUCCUUUGUGUUCUCCAAACACGCCAUUCUGUGGUGUCCAAAUAGUCGCCAACAGUGAUACUAGAGGCGGUUUCAGAAUCGCAGCAACAGGUGUUGUUGAAGAAAUAGACGUGAACGUUGAAAUUGUAAAAAAACUGAAAUUAGUAGGGUUUCCUUACAAAGUUUUCAAAAACACAGCUUUUAUCAAGGAAAUGUUCUCAAGUGCAAUGGAAGUCGCUAGAUUUGAAGGUGCACAAAUUAAAACUGUCUCAGGUAUCCGCGGUGAGAUCAAGAGAGCUUUGUCAAAACCCGAAGGCCACUUUAGAGCCUCCUUUGAAGAUAAAAUUUUGAUGAGUGAUAUUGUGAUAUUAAGAUCUUGGUACCCUGUUCAUGUUAAGCGAUUCUAUAACCCAGUUACUUCUCUGUUAUUGAAGGAGAAAACUGAAUGGAAAGGUGUACGAUUAACCGGUCAAAUUAGAGCCGCUAUGAGUUUGGAAACACCAUCUAAUCCAGAUAGUGCAUACCAAAAGAUCCAACGUGUUGAGAGACACUUCAACGGUCUAAAGGUUCCAAGGGCUGUUCAAAAGGACUUACCAUUUAAAUCCCAAAUCCACCAAAUGAAACCCCAAAAGAAGAAGACUUAUAUGGCCAAAAGAGCUGUCGUUUUGGGUGGUGAUGAAAAGAAGGCAAGAUCGUUUAUGCAAAAGGUGUUGACGAUCUCAAGAGCCAAGGAUAGCAAGAAAAAGGAACAAAAGGCUGAUCAACGUAAAGAAAGACUAAAAAAAUUGGCCAAGAUGGAAGAAGAAAAGGCACAAAAGGACAAAGAAAAGAAGAAAGAAUAUUUUGCCAAGAAUGGUAAAAGAACAACCAUGGAUGGUGACGACGAGUCUCGUCCACGCAAGAUGAGAAGAUAA